AUGGCGGAACUCCCGGGCGAGCUGGUGACCGAGAUCCUGGACCGCCUCCCGGUCGAGUCGCUGCUCCGGUGCCGGUCCGUCUCCAAGCGUUGGCGCGACAUCAUCGACGGCCCGGCCUUCGUCCGCUCCCACUUCGCCCGCUCCUCCGAGUCCACCGCCAACCUCACCCUCUUCUUCCGCCACUCCUCCAGCCUCUACUGCAUCGACCUCACCUCCCUCCUCCGCCACGGCGGUGUCGCCGAGAUGAACUACCCGUUCAUGUUCUACGGCGACCGGAUCCGCGUCCUCGGGUCCUGCAACGGCCUGUUCUGCAUCUGCAACGCCGACGAUGACGUCGUCGUGUGGAACCCCGCCACGCGGAAGCACAAGUUCCUGCCGUACUCCGCCGUCGAGGUGCGGCGCUUCUCGGCGUUCUCCGUCUGCGUCUACGGGCUCGGGUACGACGAGAGCCGCGACGAUCACGUGCUGCUGAGGCUAGCCCAGCUCGUGACGGAGCCGAUCCAGUCGGAGGUUAGUAUCUACAGCUUGAAGGAUAACGCGUGGAGGCGGCUCAAGGACAUGCCGUACUCCCUGGUUGAUCCGCGCAAGAUGGGGGUUUUCGUGUGCGGCCAUCUGCACUGGAUAAUGACUCGGGAGGUGGGGUCGGAUUCGGCAAUUCUGCUGGUGGCUUUUGAUUUUCGAAUUGAGGAUUUUAAGGUGGUGGAUCUGCCUGAUGGUAUCGAUAAUAAGCUUGACGUGGAUUUGUCCGUCCUGGGAGGGUGUCUCUGCCUUAGCAUUAACGGGAACCACAUGGGUGUCGAUGUGUGGAUUAUGAAAGAGUAUGGAUUGAAAGAUUCAUGGAUUAAGUUGUUCUCAAUACCGCAAUCUGAAGUUGCGAGGACUCUUGAUUUUGUCCGGCCGUUGGCUUACGCCAAGAAUGGUCGUCAAGUUUUGGUAAGACAGGACAGUAAGAAUCUCAUUUUGUAUGAUCUAGAGACUAAGGGCAUUGAGAGGGUUGAUAUAAAUGGCAUGCCAAAUUCCUUUGAAGCAGAGAUUUGUUUGAGAACCCUUGUUUCGGUCGAUGAUUAUGGAGGAUACACCAAGAAGAAGCAGCAAGAAGCGGAAGAGAUUAAGAAUAGGAACAAGAGGUAA